GACAUGAUAUCAAUUUCCUUCUUCACUGCCGUUUGUGGGUUCAAUCUCUGAUUGUGAGCAAACCAAGCUCUUCGUUGUCGCCCGUCGGUGGAUUGGAGCAUCAUCGUCUCCUUUCCCCUUCACCACGCACUUAAAGAUCUCACCAUUCUGUUAGAGAAGAAGAAGUUGAGCUGCAGUUGCUGGGUAAUCCGAAUCCGAGCAGGAGAAGGAUUGGUCUUGGCGCCAAGGUUCAAAUGGGAGACUAAAUAAAUAAAACGGUGUCGUAGUGUUGAGUUCAGUAUGUUUGUUUGACGAGUGGUCAUUUAUUGUUUCAGUCCUUGAGUCCUGUUUAGUGUCAUUUAAGUCUUGUUAACAGUUAGUCUUUGGAGUUGAUUGUGGAGAUCAUGCUGCUGAUUUCCAGGUUGUGUAGUUAGUAGUGAUUGCCAGAACUGUCGGGUUAAUUCCCAUUGUGUAUUUAAGGGUUGCAGUUUCACUCUAAUGAAGUUUGUCAGUUUACAAUUCUCUGAGUUUCUACAUUGUGGUAUCAGAGCACUCAAAGUAAACUGUAACCACGAUUUGUGCAGAAGUGAGAGAUUGAAAGACAGCUUCAGAUAGUCUGGGGUCAGGGAAACACGAGAGAAUAUCUGUGAGGUUGCUUACAGGGUAGAUAGGGGAGUGAGAUCUGUUAUUUCUUCAACAGAACGCCAUGGGUGAUAAUGGCAGUGCUGCUCAAGUCUGCAUUCCAAAAUUUGAUGGAGACUAUGAGCACUAGACCUUGCUUAUGGAAAAUCUGCUUAGGUCUAAGGAGUAUUGGAGUGUGAUCAGUCCAGGAAUCAGGGAACCGGCUGAAGGAGAAGAACUCACAGCAGCACAACAGAAAACUCUAGAUGAUUUGAGACUGAAGGACCUCAAAGCUAAGAACUACCUGUUUAGUUCUAUUGAUAGAACUCUCUUGAAGACUAUUGCCAAGAAGGGAACUGCCAGGGAACUGUGGGAGUCAAUGAAAGAAAAGUUUCAAGGGAGUGCUCGAGUUCAGAAGGCUCAACUUCAGGUACUCAGAAGGAAUUUUGAACUGUUAGAAAUGAAAGAAGGAGAAACUAUCUCUGAGUACUUUGGUAGAGUCAUGGUGAUAGCCAACACUAUGAGGAACUGUGGGGAGGAUAUGCCUGAUGGGAAAGUAGUUGAAAAAAUACUAAGAACCUUAACUGAAAGGUUUAACUAUGUGGUUUGUUCCAUAGAGGAAUCCAAGGAUAUUGACUCCAUAACAGUUGAUGCACUUCAAAGUUCACUUCUGGUGCAUGAGCAAAAAUUCAGCAGGAGGGUUACAAAAGUGGUGACUGAGGAUGACCAAGCUCUCAGGGUUUCUUAUGAAUAUGGAAGAGGAGGAAGAGGUUUAGGAAGAGGGUAUGGAUCAGGUCGAGGAAGAGGAAGAGGUAGAGGCUGGAGCAAAGAAGCUGUGGAAUGUUUCAAGUGCCACAAGUUAGGUCAUUACAAGUAUGAAUGUCCUGACUGGUAUAAUGAUCAGCAGGCACACUAUGCCAGUUCCAGUCAAAUUCAGACAAGGGCUCAGGGAGACAUGAAAGAUGAGGUUCUUCUCAUGGCAUGUGUUGACUCUGAAGACUCAACAGAACUGGAGGAGGAAGCUCAAGGGUUUAUGGCAUUGCUUGAAGAUAUAAAGCAAGACAUUCAUGAGAACUGGUGGUUUCUGGAUUCAGGAUGCAGUAACCAUAUGACAGGAGACAAGAAGUGGUUUACUGAGCUGACUACUAGUCCUACAGGAAAUGUUAGGCUUGGUAAUAACAGUAAAUUGGAUGUUGCAGCAAAGGGAAGUGUGAAGAUUGAGGCUGCAAACAUGAACAUGAUGAUAAGUGAUGUGUUCUAUGUUCCUGGACUUAAGACUAAUUUAUUGAGCAUUGUUCAAUUGCAAGAGAAAGGCCUGACAUUCUUAUUUAAGGAUGCAAGUUGCAAGAUUUUCCAUGAAGAAAAGGGUUUACUGCUGCAGACUGAAAUGAAAUCAAAUAGGAUGUUUGUCAUACAUCCUGAUGAUAAACCAAAGAAUCAGGAAGUUCAGUGUUUUCAAACUCAUACUAGUAAGGAGAAAGAACUGGAGUUAUGGCAUAGGCGUUUUGGUCAUCUGAAUUCAGUAGGUCUCAAGCAAUUGCAACAGAAAGGCUUUGUCAGGGACUUACCUGUAUUGAAGGGAAAUCUGGAGGUUUGUGCUACUUGUCUCAUUGGCAAGCAACACAGGAAACCAUUUCCCAAGAAGAGUCAUUGGAGAGCAGGUCAGAGGUUGGAAUUGAUUCAUUCAGAUCUUUGUGGACCUCUUACACCAGUUUCAAAUGGUGGGAAAAAGUAUAUUCUCACUCUGACAGAUGACUUUAGCAGGAAGUUGUGGGUUUACUUUCUUGCUACUAAGUCAGAAACUCUUGAAUACUUUAAGAAAUACAAAGCACAGGUUGAACAAGAAACUGGUUCACAGAUCAAGUGUUUGAGAACUGACAGAGGAGGGGAGUUUAUGCUUAAUGAAUUCAAAGAGUUAUGUGAUGAAGCUGGAAUCAAAAGACAACUGACAGCAGCUUUAACACCCCAGCAAAAUGGAGUGGCUGAGAGGAAAAAUAGAACAGUUCUAAAUAUGGUGAGAUGUAUGCUAUCAGAUAUGAAGGUACCUGCUGGGUUUUGGGCAGAGGCAGUUGCUUGGACAACACAUGUUUUGAACAGGAGCUCAACAGCAGCAAACCAAGGUAAAACACCUCAAGAAUUGUGGUCUGGAAAUCCUCCUUCUGUGUCCCAUUUCCGUGUUUUUGGUUGUGUUGCAUAUAUGCAUGUGCCUGAUCAACAGAGAAAGAAGUUGGAUGAUAGAAGUAUUCCCUGCCAGUUCAUUGGCAUAUCAGCUGAAUCAAAAGCCUAUAAGCUGUACAACAAUAAUACCAGAAAAGUUGUGAUUAGCAGAGAUGUAGUCUUUGAUGAAACUAAAGGUUGGAGAUGGGAUUCUGAGAUGCAACCUGUUCAGACACAAUUGUAUUGGGAAGAAGGUGAUAGAGACUGGUUUGAUUCAGACACUGAAGAUGAUCCUGAAAUUUUGACUGAGCCAGUUGUUCAUACAGAUCAAGAACCACCACAACUCACUACUCCAGUCACACCAGGAGGAUUAGAAGAGGGCUCAACAAGUGAGGACAUUAUUAAUGAGGAUGAAGGGGACAUGGGAACAGAUGUUUUAGGACUUCCAAAUGCAAAUUUAGGGAAGAGGGUCAGCAAGCUGCCUGGUCAUUUACAGGAUUAUGACAUGAGUUUCACUAUCACUGACUGGACAGCAAUGGUAGCUAUAACUGAUGAUCCUCAAACUUUUAAGGAGGCAAUGCUGGAUCCCAAAUGGAAUGCAGCAAUGCAGGAAGAAAUGCAUUCUAUCAAAAAGAACAAUACCUGGACUUUGACUGAACUUCCAGCAGGUUUUGUGGCUAUUGGGUUGAAAUGGGUAUAUAAGACAAAAUUGCAAGAAGAUGGAAGCAUAGACAAGUUCAAGGCUAGAAUUGUGGCCAAGGGGUAUUCUCAGAAGGAAGGCAUUGAUUACACAGAGGUGUUUUCUCCAGUGGCUCGUUGGGACACCAUCAGAACUUUCUUGGCCUUAGCAGCUUAUCAUGGCCUUACAAUCUAUCAAUUAGAUGUAAAAAGUGCAUUCCUCAAUGGUGUGCUUACUGAAGAGGUUUAUGUGGAGCAACCACCAGGGUUUGUGGUUGCUGGGGAGGAAAGGAAAGUCUACAGGCUACACAAGGCUCUCUAUGACCUGAAACAGGCUCCCAGGGCCUGGUACAAUAGGAUAGAAUCCUAUUUCAUCAAGUCUGGCUUUGAAAGAAGUCCCUAUGAGCAUACACUGUUUAUUAAGAAAACUGGAAAUGGCAUUCUAAUUCUAAGCUUGUAUGUGGAUGACUUGAUGUAUGCAAGCAACAAUUAUGACAUGAUUGAUGAAUUCAAGCAGGCAAUGCAAUCAGAGUUUGAGAUGACAGAUCUUGGGAGGAUGCACUAUUUUCUGGGAGUUGAAGUUGUUCAGAGGGAAUCAGGGGUGUUUAUUAGUCAGCAGAAGUGUGUGAAGGAUGUGCUGACCAAAUUCAAUCUCCUAGACUGCAAUUUUGCGCAUAAUCCAAUGAGUCCUGGCAGCAAAAUGAACAAGGCUGGGGAUGGAGUAAUGGUGAAUCCCACUGAUUAUAAGAAGCUGAUUGGAAGCUUACUAUAUGUAACAGCAACAAGGCCUAAUAUCAUGUACUCAGUAUGCCUUCUUAGCAGGUAUAUGGAACAUCCAACAAGGCAGCAUAUGUUAGCUGCUAAGAGAGUGCUGAGGUAUCUCAAAGGCACUAUCAGUUUUGGUGUCUGGUAUAAAAGAAGGUGUGAAGGAGAGGAGGAGCUUCUGGGGUACACUGAUAGUGACUAUGCUGGAGAUACAGAUGACAGGAAGAGCACUAGUGGGUAUGUAUUUCUUCUGUCAGGUGGAGUCAUUUCUUGGGCCUCCAAGAAGCAACCAGUUGUUGCUUUGUCAACUACAGAAGCAGAAUUUGUUGCUGCAGCUCACUGUGCAGCUCAGUGUGUCUGGCUUCGAAGGAUUUUGGGUCAGAUGGGAUGGCAGAGGAGUGUCAAGGAAGCAACAGUCAUCUUCUGUGACAAUAGUUCAGCAAUUAAAUUGUCCAAGAAUCCAGUGUUUCAUGGUAGGAGCAAGCACAUUGAUGUGCGAUUUCAUUUUCUCAGGGAAUUGGCAAAUGCAGGAGUGGUUGAGCUCGAACAUUGUGGCACACAGGAGCAAGUUGCAGAUAUUAUGACUAAACCUCUAAAAUUGGAAGUGUUUCAACUUUUGAGGAGUAAGAUGGGUGUGUGUGAUUUCUCUGAGAUUGUUGCUGAAGUAUGAAGAUGAAGUUGGUUGAACUGAACAAUGGUGAGAAGGUUCAGUUCAGGGGAGGAUCUGUUAGAGAAGAAGAAGUUGAGCUGCAGUUGCUGGGUAAUCCGAAUCCGAGCAGGAGAAGGAUUGGUCUUGGCGCCAAGGUUCAAAUGGGAGACUAAAUAAAUAAAACGGUGUCGUAGUGUUGAGUUCAGUCUGUUUGUUUGACGAGUGGUCAUUUAUUGUUUCAGUCCUUGAGUCCUGUUUAGUGUCAUUUAAGUCCUGUUAGCAGUUAGUCUUUGGAGUUGAUUGUGGAGAUCAUGCUGCUGAUUUCCAGGUUGUGUAGUUAGUAGUGAUUGCCAGAACUGUCGGGUUAAUUCCCAUUGUGUAUUUAAGGGUUGCAGUUGCACUCUAAUGAAGUUUGUCAGUUUAC